UGCUAGCUGUCUGAAGCGGCAGCGAGCGGAGUUGGGCAAGAAGCUUCCGUCUCUCUCUCUCUCUGGGCUGCGGAAACUACUACAAGAAAGCAAGAGAUCUCUCUUGGUAGGAGACUCUAGAAAGGCGGCUGUGAUUUGGGGAAAGGUUGAACGCUUUAUUCAGAGUCUCAGCUCAACUGACUAUAUAUAUUUAAAACAUUUUCAUCUGAUUAAGGUUAAAGGCCUUCGGAGAUGGGCGACAAGGCGGGGACCAGAGUCUUCAAGAAGUCCAGCCCCAACUGCAAGCUCACAGUAUACUUGGGGAAAAGGGACUUUGUGGAUCAUCUAGAUCACGUGGACCCUGUAGAUGGGGUGCUCUUGAUCGACCCAGAAUACCUUAAAGACAGAAAAGUGUUUGUGACCCUGACGUGUGCCUUCCGUUAUGGUCGUGAAGAUCUGGAUGUUCUGGGCCUGUCCUUCCGUAAGGAUCUCUUCAUCUCCAGUUUCCAGGCAUAUCCUUCCUUGCCUGAGGAACGUAAACCACUCAGUCGGCUGCAGGAGAGACUGCUGAAGAAGCUCGGACAGAACGCUUACCCUUUCAACUUCACGAUUCCUCAAAACCUUCCCUGCUCGGUUACUCUACAGCCAGGCCCAGAAGACACAGGAAAGGCUUGUGGUGUAGACUUUGAAGUCAGGGCAUUCUGUGCCAAAACUGUGGAUGAGAAGACCCACAAACGGAACUCUGUGCGGUUGGUCAUACGGAAGGUACAGUAUGCUCCAGAGAAACCUGGUCCUCAGCCAAUGGUGGAGACCACACGGAGCUUCCUUAUGUCUGAUCGCUCCCUUCAUCUUGAGGCCUCGCUAGAUAAAGAACUCUACUACCAUGGUGAACCUAUCAGUGUCAACGUCCAUGUCACCAACAACUCCACCAAAACAGUCAAAAGAGUUAAAAUUUCUGUGCGACAGUAUGCUGAUAUCUGUUUGUUCAGCACCGCCCAAUACAAAUGUCCUGUGGCUCAGGUAGAGACCGAUGACCAGGUAUCACCCAGCUCAACAUUUUGCAAGGUGUAUACACUCACUCCCACGCUGACCAACAACCGAGAGAAGAGAGGUCUGGCUCUGGAUGGUCAGCUGAAGCAUGAAGAUACCAACUUGGCCUCCAGUACCAUAGUGAAGGAUGUUUCUAAUAAGGAGGUUCUGGGAAUUUUGGUGUCCUACAGAGUUAAAGUCAAGCUAGUGGUGUCUCGUGGAGGCGAUGUGUCUGUGGAGUUGCCUUUUGUCCUGAUGCACCCUAAGCCCUCCGAACAGCCAAAUUCGAGACCGCAGUCAGCUGUGCCAGAGACAGAUGUCCCUGUGGAUGCCAACCUCAUAGAGUUUGAAACAAAUAACAUUUCCCAGGAUGAUGACUUUGUGUUUGAGGACUUUGCGAGGCUCAGGCUGAAGGGAAUGAAAGAUGAAGAGGACGACCACUUCUGCUAACCCCCCUCCUCUAAUAUACACACACACAUAAUCAUGACACCAUAAAGAGGAAGUGAAACGGGAAGCAAAGGAAGAAGAACGGGGUUUAAGGUGUCAAUCUGCCAGUACUCUCAUACCAUUGCUCCACUGGGCCCAUCUGAUGGAAUGGUGCCACAUACUGAUAUUUCAAAGCCUUUUGUCUCUUUUUCCUUUAUCCUUUCUUCUUUUUUCUUUUGCUUUCCUGCUACAUCACUUUGCCAUGUGCGACAUGGUCCUUACAUUGACCCUUUUCUCCGGUCAUAUGAGCCUUUUCACUCUUGUGCUUGUAUGUUGGAGAGAAACAUAUUGAGCAAAGCAACUGAAUUUAGACCACAUUUACACCUGGUAUUCAGAUACGAUUGGUUGAUAGGCUCACAAGUGGAGGAGAGAGACGCAUGUUCGUUCACACCUGUGGUUUUAAUCAGCCUCUUUUGUCCACUUUCCACCGCUUCUGAUUACUUUGAGGGGGUGGUCUGUGGGCUUUCUUUUGAACACGAGUGGGAUAAAUUAUGGGUUUAAAUUGACCUGCGCUAAUAUUAUGUCAGAAUGCCGUUGCUUGUGUUGGUAAUAAAUAUGAUGCACAAUGUUUUGUACAUGUAAAUGCAAGGACGCUCUCAUAUAUUUUAGAGCAACUGGUGAAAUAAGCCUACGUAACUUCACACAAUGCAAAUGGAAAUGUAAGGUAGCAUGCAAACCAAAGCGUUUACCCCAGCGGCCAGCGUAUGUUUCCAAUGGAACGCCAGCAGCUAGCAUGUUUUGUCCGCGCCGAGUUGAAAAAUAUUCAACUUUGGGUGAAACGCUAAGCUCGUCAAUGUCGCAUCUUACUCAGCCGUCCAAUCACAAUGGAGGAGGGGUGGGACAAAUAUCACAACAACCAACGGGCGCAUCGUUUAAUGACUAAAAAACAAAGCAGAAGUAUAGCAACCAAAGCGCUUAUCUAAAGAAAAUCUAUCUGUGUCCGCCUGGCCUUGGUAUGUACGCCCCGUAAAUGAGAGGCGAAGAGCAACCACUUCAGUUUUAUCAAUGAAAGCCUAAAGGCCACACAGGACACUGGGUUUGCGUUAGAAGUCGGGACAGAUGGAAAAACAUUGUGCUCGGCAGUGUUGGGGGUAACACAUUACAAGUUUAUGUUAUUAUGUUAUAUUACUUUUCUGAAGUAACAAGUAAAGUAACGCAUUACUUUUUAAAUGUACACAUUAAUAUUUGAGUUACUUUUAAAAAAAAAUAAUGCAAGUUACUUUUUUUGUUUACAUUAUGCACUCUAUGCGUACACGCCUGUGUGGGACACUUUGAGUUUGAUUUCUGAAUGCAGAACUUUUCAGUCAUAAAAAACCAGCCCAGUCUCGUGAAAUUUCGUUAUAUUGUCACGUAAUUUUUUUAAAUUCGUUUUUCGUGAUAUUAUCACGAAUUUCUGCGCUUUUUGUGAUCGUAUAUAGUAUACAGUAUAACGAAUUCCUGUUUUCGUGUGAUUAUCACGUAUUGGUUACUCAACUGUUUUGUCCUAUUUUCUUACCAUUGUCACUUCGGUUUAGGGUUCGAUUUACAUAAAAUGACAUCCCUACCCAAACCCAACUCUAACCCUAACGCCAGGCGACAUAUAAAAAAAAUCAGAAAAUAUAGUAUAAACCAAUAUAUAAAGUGACAUUCUAAUGCAAGCACCAAAUCUAACCCUAAACCGAAGCGACAAUGGUUUAAAAAUGGGAAAAAGCAGUUGAGUAACCAAUACGUGAUAAUCACACGAAAACAGGAAUUCGUUAUACGAUCACGAAAAAACACGGAAAUUUGUGAUAACAUCACGAAAAAAGAAUAAAAAAACCCUGACUAUAUCACGAAACCUUGUGAGACUGCAUAGUAAAAACACCUGCAAGGCCUGAAAGAGAUCAAGCCUCAGUCAAGAAAAAGUAACUAAAAAGUAACGUAAGCAUUACUUUCCAUGAAAAGUAACUAACACAAUUAGUUACUUUUUUUGGGAGUAACUUAAUAUUGUAAUGGAUUACUUUUAAAAGUUACUUUCCCCAACACUGGAGGUCGGUACAUCACAUUAGAUCAAUAGGCUGAGAGUGGGCGUUUUUUGUUUCUGGUCGAACACAUUCGACCACGAGCGCGACCCCACAAAAGCAAUCCGGUCGAAUGCGUUUUCGACUACCUCUGAAAAUCCUAUUAUACCCCGUUUAGUAUCAUCCACUUGUGAUCCGAUCAACCAAAAUGCAUCUUAAUACCAGGUGUAAACGGGGCCUUCGAUGAGUUAUCUAGACAUCAAUGUAUAAGAUUGUGGAUAGGCGAAAGAUCCAUCCAUUCAGGGGUGAAUUUUUAUGUUUAUUUCUUGUUAUUAUAUUCCCGCUUAUAUAUAUCAAGUGGGCACUACUAGCUAUGUAAUGAAGAUAUAUAUAUGUUCCAUGUUAUUUCAUUGUACAGUACAUACACUGUUCACGAACACCAUAGGGAACUUGAGUUUGGUGUUGAUUUUAUUCCUGUAAUCCAAUCCAUCCAUACUUGCUCAGCGGCUUUUAUGUUAUAGUUAUGUCAAAUGUAAACAUAUCAUAAAAAUUUGUAGUAACUCUCUUCUGUGCGCUUGUAGUGCACACAAUACUCCAAUAAUUAAGGAUGUGGCAUUUGUAGUGGAAAAGUAGUCGGCAGAGUGCAUUAGGACACGAACGUCUGUUUUCUUAUUGUACAUUUUAGCAUCUGCGAUAUACCACAUGUUGAGUUAUAUGUAUACACUGCUACAAGUCUUCAGUUGAACAUUAGUUUGUAGAUAAAACAAGAGGCCAGAAACAGAAUGCCAGAUGUCUGUUAUUUCUGUAUAUGUGCCACACAAAAUGUAAUUCUUUAUUAUUUGUGCCUGCCAAACUAUUUGCCAAAAUGUGAUGAUUUAAGAUGCUGCUUGUAAUUUAAGCUAAGUUCAGUUCUUGCUCAUUCCAUGUUUUAGUUCACUGUUACAACUGUUGAUGUAACCAUUGGACUGCCAGAAAUAUUUCAAUAUUAAUGGUUAUGUUAAAGUCUCAUUUAUAGCGUGAUUUCCAGAAGUUUUACUGUUUAGUCUUCUGCAAGGAACAAGCCUUUUCUUCAACAUUCUGCAUAGUUUACUACUGAACAGUGGCAAAAAUUAUGUUAUGGUUAAACUUGUUACAUUGUGUACAAAGAAUGCAAUAUUUUGCAGUGAACAAAGUGGAGCUCCCAUUGAAGGACAAAAAGGCUAUAUCUUAAAUAAAGGUUUGCUUUCUUUAAAGCACCCAAAAAGUCAAGUCAGUGAGCAUACUUGCAUUGGGUUUUAACUUUCAUUUGUCCUCUAGUAGGGGGUUUAAAGGUCUUGUCCUCUUGUAGGUCUACAAAACCACAAAUCUCGACAGAGACCUAGAAACAUUGCAGGAGAUCUUUUAGAUGAUAAAGGAGAAAUGCAACUAACCAUUGCUUAACCCAGUAACAUAAGUAGUCUAUAACGUGUGAAUAGAUGAGUUUCCCAGCUAUUAUUUGUUUUUUAUUGUUAAAAUCACAAAGACAUCUUUUAUUGUGAAUUCAGAGUUUAUUUUUAUGAGAGCUGGAGAAAGAAUGUUGUAUAUAAUGUAAUUGUCUAUGAAUAUUGUGCACAUUAAUUUCAGGAGACUGUCUAUGUCCAGUAAAGUCAAAAAGGAGGAUGUUAAGUAGAUAGUUUUGCUUUCAGGCUAGUUUCCUCCGCAGUCCUAUAGUUGAGAUUAAUUUUUUUCCAGCACUGUCUAUACAGUGCAGGAAGUUAUUGGCAUAAUGUUGUGUGAAAUUUUCCAAAUUUAAAGCAAAUGCUCAAAUAGAUCUAUUUCUAUUGUUCAAUUUUGAUAGAUGCUGAUUUUUAUAGAUGAAACCUUUUAAUGGCAUGUAUAGAUCUGUAAUCCUGAACAUUGAAAUUCAUUCUGUAAGAUUUUGCAAGCAGAAUUAUGAACAUUGUUUAUAAAGCUUUACAAAAAAGGACAUUGUGUUAAAAUAUAAAUGUACUCUGUGAUUAAGAACUUGCUUAAACUGGCAUAUUAUGUAAAGACAACUUUGUGAGUUUGGAUAAACAUUAACAGAUCUGAAAUCACUGUGGCACGAGCCAUUCGAGUUAUUUUCCUCAAUAAAUAAAGCAUCAGCAAUAGCUUGAAA